AUGGGUUUAACUAGCUCUGCAAUCAUUGUUUCAACAGUACUCCUCUUUUACACAAUCCUUAAGAGGUACAGAAGAAGAACAUUUCAUCUCAUCGAUAUCCCUAAAUCCAUAAUGUUAGAGAAGACAAAUCCUGUCCAAGAUCUAGCCGAUUCAGAGUUCAUCCCGGCUUCAAUUAAAGGGAAGAAGUAUCCUGCCAAGGCACACAAUGAAAAGGUGAAGCAAUUAUUGUUGUCCGCUAACUCGCAAGACUUGAAAGACAAGGAAUGUGCCAUUUUCAUUACUGGUGAAGAAGUGGAACCAAUUAAGUAUUGUGAUACCAAUAAAGAAUUUAGACAAAAUAGAUACUUUUUUUAUUUAUCAGGUGUCGAUAUUCCCGGAUCAUCAAUUUUGUUCAAUUUCAAAACAAAUAAACUUACAUUGUUUUUGCCUCCUGUAGAUUCAGAAGACGUUAUGUGGAGUGGUUUGCCAAUGAGCACUGACGAAUGCUUACAAAAUUUUGACGUUGAUGAAGUCCUAUACAGUGAUAAGAUCAGAACUAUAAUCGCUAAUGAAUUGAAAGACUUUACUAUCUUUACCACUGACCUUGAUAAUGUCCAUGAUCAUCAAGUAAAGAAUCAUCUAAUUGCUGGUGACGUUGACUUCUUCAAUGCUUUGGAUGAGGCAAGAGUUACUAAGGACUGGUAUGAAAUCGAAAUCCUAAAGCAUGCCUCCAAGAUUACGGACAAUGCGCAUUUGGCUGUUAUGUCUGCUCUACCCAUUGAGCUGACAGAAUUCCAAGUCGAAGCAGAGUUUUCUUACCAUGCCCGCCGCCAAGGUGCUCGUUCCUUAGGUUAUGACCCUAUUUGCUGUUCAGGUCCUGCUUGUGGGACAUUACAUUACGUGAAAAAUUCUGAAAGUAUUCAUGGUAAGGCUUCAUUUUUAAUUGACGCCGGUGCUGAAUGGAGAAAUUACACUACUGAUGUAACCAGAUGUUUCCCAACUUCUGGUAAAUUUACUAAAGAGCAUCGUGAAAUUUAUGAGACCGUUCUUGAUAUGCAGAAGCAAACUAUGGAAAAGAUUAGGCCUGGAGUCAAUUGGGAAGAUCUACAUUUGUUAUCUCACAAGAUUUUGAUCAAGCAUUUCCUAGAGUUGGGUAUUUUUAAGAAAACUUUCUCAGAAGAAGAAAUUUUCAAAAGAAAAGUGUCCUGUGUGUUUUACCCCCAUGGUUUAGGUCAUCUUAUGGGUUUAGAUGUCCAUGACGUUUCAGGUCGUGCUGAUUAUAAUGAUCCUGAUCCUUACUUACAAUAUUUGCGUAUCCGUCGUCCACUGGAGGAAAACAUGGUUGUAACUGAUGAGCCAGGUUGUUAUUUUAAUGAGUUUUUGAUUAAGGAAUUACUAUCAAAGUACCCAGAGAGAUUAGAAGUGGUGGAUCAAGAUGUUCUAAACCGUUAUAUGUAUAUUGGAGGUGUCCGUAUUGAAGAUGACAUCCUCGUUACAAAGACAGGGUUCUACAAUUUGACUGGGAUUACCUCUGAUCCAGAUGAAAUUGAAAAAAUUAUCGCUGACGGAUUAACAAAGAACCGUUCUCAAUUCCAUGUUAUUGUAUAA